UCUCUCUCUCCACUUUCCACGCUCCUUCUCAUUUCUCUCUCUCUCCCAUCUCUUCUCUCUCUCUUUCUCGGAUUUCCCUUUAAGAGAGGAAGUCUUGGUCCUGUUUUUCUGUCGGGGGUGUAAAACUCUCAGUGCAGAGUCUGCCUGGCCUCCGCCUCCUCCCCUUUAAACACACACACACACACACACACACACACACACACACACACGCACGGUUCCGAGCAGUGCUCGCGCGCUCUGAGACAAGAUGCUCGUACCGGAGUCACGGCACGCGCUGAGCUGAGGGAACUCAGGGAUUCAAAACCCGCGCAGCAUCCGCGAGCUCGCGCUUUGGCGUCGCCGGCCGGCCGGCUGGCAAUGUCGCGCGCGCUUUUGUCCUUGACUUCGAGCGCUCGCGAGCUCACCACCGUCCCGCUAAUCCGCUGACGGCGCGCGCGGUUCACAAGAUUCUGCAACGCGCGUGCACGUGGGGCCCCGAAAAACAACGCUCGCUCUUCCAUCUCGCUGUAGCGGAGGCGAGCACGCGCUGAACGGCCCCGUUCGUCCCUCCCUUCCCCCUUCCCCCCCUCCCCCACUUCCCUUUAAACCGCGCACACAGUCGGCCGAGUAACGGUACCGAGAUGCCGUCGCGCGUGACACGGAGGAGGCGAUGAGAGAGCGCGCGCGGCCCGCGGAAACCGCACUGAAACCGCCGUGAAGAUGCCGCGGAACCUGCGGAGGCUCAUGCACCUGGUGCUCUUCUGCCCGCUGUCCAAGGGCCUGCAGUCCCGCCUGCCUGCGGUGAAGGUGAAGUACCUGGUGGUGGCGUGGUUGGGCGUGUUGGUGGCCAGCUGGGUCAUCUACGUGCAGUACUCCUCCUACUCCGAGCUCUGCAGAGGCCAUGUCUGCACCAUGCUCAUCUGCGAACACUACCGGAGGGGGAUCAUCUCUGGCUCCGUGUGUAAAUCUCUGUGCGAGGAGAAAACUCUCACUCUGCAGCGCUGCCUCUCAACGUCACCUGCGCACCAGGUGUACAGUGCUGUGUGGAGGGAGAAAGCCGUGAUAGUGAAGUGCGGGAUCGAGGACGCUCUGAGAGGAGACGGUGGUCCCAACUCCCUCCCGAAGCGCGACGCCAGCCUGUACGACAAACCCACCCGCGGCACCUCCAUGGACGAGUUCAGAGAGAUGCUGCACUCUUUCCUCAAGGACAGUCUGGGAGAGCAGCCAUCUCUGGGCUCACUGGUGUCCCGUGUGGUCUCUCUGGCUGACGUCAACUCAGACGGUAAAGUCUCCCUGGCCGAGGCGAAGUCUGUCUGGGCUCUGCUGCAGAUUGACGAGUUUGUGCCGAUGCUGGCGCUGCAGGACAAAGAGCACGCCCCCCGGCUGCUAGGCUUCUGUGGCCAUUUGUAUGCCACGGAACGCGUGGCCAACGGCGCCCUCUUCAGGCUGGACGUCCCACCUUGGCUGCAGCCGCUGGUCCCCGAGGCCCUAAGCAACGCCCUGAACCGCUGGCUGGCUCCAGCCUGGCCCCGACGGGCCAGGAUCACCAUCGGCCUGCUGGAGUUUGUGGAGGAAGUCUUCCACGGUGCCUACGGGAGUUUCUACAUGUGCGAUGCGAGCCCCAGUCGCGUCGGCUACAACGCUAAUUACGAUUGCAAGAUAGCUGACCUGGGCAGUGUGGCAUCCGAGGCUGCGGUUCGAGCGUUCCUUCGCGGCCGAACCUGCCAGACAAAUGCUGACUGCACGUUCGGGCGCGACUGCACGGCGACCUGCGACCGACUGGCCAAGCAGUGCAACACGGAGGUGGUGCAGCCCAAUCUGGCCAAGGUGUGCGCCCUGCUGAGGGACUUCUUGCUGUUCGGGGCUCCGGCUGACCUGCUAGAUGACCUGGACCGGCAGCUGCGCACCUGCGUGACCCUCAGUGGCCUGGCCUCGCAGAUGGAGGUGCACCACUCACUCGUGCUCAACAACCUCAAGACACUGCUGUGGAAGAAGAUCUCCGACACCAAGUACUCUUGAGAGGGAGAGCGCUGGGUAGAGGGAGGGAGGGCAUGGUAGGCCCGAAGGGCUCAGGAAGCUCUGCACUGAACAUACAGGAUGGCCUGUGAUGGCGUCUUUCACCAAGUAGUCCUGAUAAAAAAAGAAAGGGUGUGUCAGGCCGAGAGGCUCAGGGAUUUCACUAACAGGAAUACAAAACAAUUGCUGAGGGGCAGUUAGAACUGAAAGGGGGAUUUCAUUGUAUUGUUGCUAUUGUAAGAAAAUCGAAUAUUUCUGGAACGGUAAGCCUGAAGGACUGCAGACUUUAUUGCCGCUCCAAAAGUCCAACCUGGCCAGCGUGGUAGUUUUAGAAAUCUUGUUUUUUAAAUUUUCAAUCGGUCCAUUGAUAACAAUGUAAAGGGCAGCUUUUAAAAGUAAAAAAAAAAACAGAAAAUUGGAGAUUUUCUCAAGGCAGCAACAGGAAGGUGGCCUGUGA